AGCGGCGGCACCGGCACCGGUAGCGGCACCGGCAGCGCCCGCGGCCGCCAUGGCCGAGUACCGCAGUCUGCUGGAGGAGCUGGCCCAGAACAUCACGGCCGAGGACCUGGAGCAGCUCAAGUCCGCGUGUCGCGAGGACAUCCCCAGCGGGGAGGGGGACGCCAUCGCCACCGGCCACCACUGGUUCGCCUUCCUGGAGCGCCACAGCAAACUGGACCGAGACAACCUGUCCUACAUCGAGCACAUCUUCGAGAUCUCGCGGCGCCCGGACCUGCUCACCAAGGUUGUCCAGUACCGCACGCAGGUGCUCAAGAUCUCCGAGGAGGACGAGGUGGACACGAAGCUCACGCGCAUCCCCAGCGCCAAGAAAUACAAGGGUGAGACCCCCACC